ACGUCAUGAGCUGGCAAUCUCUCUCUCGCGAGAUUGAUCUUGAAGUUUCAGUUUGUUUUUUCUGUUGGUGCGGCUAAGCUGAGCUGUCAGAAGAAAAGAACUCACAGGACUCUAAUGGUUAAAGUAGAGUUAGCACCGCUGAGGUCGUGGGAUGACUUCUUCCCCGGCUCGGAAAGGUUCGCUAAACCAGAUUUUGGAGACGUGGCAAGAUGGAACAACAGAGUUGUCAGCAACCUGCUUUAUUAUCAGUCUAAUUACAUGGUUCUCGCCAUUGCUGUUUUCUCCAUUGUCGGGUUCCUCAACCCGGUGGGGAUGCUCACAGCCGUGGUCGUGGUGUCGGUCGUCUUCCUCGGCUGCGUCUGGGCCGGAGAGAACCGAGCCGUGAUCAAGAACUUCAAGAGCCAGAACCCCACGGCGUUCGUGAUCAUCGUCAUGGUGGCCAGUUACAUGCUGAUUUCUCUGCUCGGCAGUGUCAUGACGUUUAUGACAGCCAUCACUUUACCUCUCACUUUGAUAGGCGCACACGCUUCGUUUCGCCUGCGCAACAUGAAGAACAAGGUGGAGUACAAGAUGGAAGGCGUGGGGCUGAAGAAAUCUCCGAUGGGCCUUUUCCUCGAGGCUCUGGGACAGCAGGAGGAAAACCUCCAUAAGAUUCAGACAUUUCUGGAGGGAAAAAUGAAGGAGUAGCUGCCACGUCACUGCAAAAUGCGACGACUUUUGAGUUUCUUUAUUGUCUGGCAGGUUGCCGAUAAAUGAAAAGACUGCAAACCAACAAACGCUCCUCCUCAGGGUGUCCCGUGACACUCCGGUCAGAACUUGUCAGGGGCGCUUCUCCCCCCCCCCCCCCCCCGGCUCUGCAAAUCGUGUUGCAAAGCUGCGAAGCCUCUUGUUUAUGAAACCUGUGUUCAAUCAGUCUCGCAAAAGGCCUCCGUUUUGCACUCGAGCGAAAUUGCGAAAGCAGUUUCAAGCGAGGCUGAAAAGCGCUCGCUCAACACGCGUCGCUGCCAAGACAACGGAGCGCUGGGAGUUCACGGAGGCGGAAAGCUCUUCACGUUUUCGAGUGGAACUGGUUUACAUCGGACUGGAACCAUCAGGCUGCAAAACAAAGGGAAUCAUUCAAAAAGAGCGAGCCCUGCUUUGACUUCAGUCUGAUCACUUUAUCAAUAUUUGAAAGGGAAAACUUGAAAGGAAUUCUCCUGACCUCUUUUAAUCUUGACAGCGCCUCGUGGGUGACGGACGAGCUAACGCUACACUCAUCUGACAUGCUAAUCAAUGAGGGUGGAGCAGAUUACAGCGCAUUUCUGACGGAGUGGAGUCAUCUGCUGUCAACAAGGCCCUGAACUCAGAUCCGAUACUUUGAUGCUGCUCCGUCUACAAUGGAGUCCAGAUAACAAGAAUGCACUUGUGGGGGGGGGUAAAAAAAAAAAAAAAAAAAAAUUUAAUAAUAAUAAUAAAGAAAAAAACCUGUGAAAACAUGGCCUUCGGAUGGCGAUUUUUUUUCCUCUGAUGGCUAAUUUAAAAGAAAUCAAAUCUUUUAAAAGUUUGUUUUUGAAAGCACCAGAGCGCUCCUCACCAUGUCGCCAUAUUUUGUGGUACUGCUGUGCAAACGACACACUACAAAAACACAAAAUCUUACAAAAGUGUUUUUGAUAUCAUUUCUAGUGUAAAUAUUCAGUUACACUUGACAUGAAAAAACUUACGAGUAACUUCUCAGCAAAACAUAGCAACUUGUUUUAAGUCAGUAAUUCCUGUAAUAUUGAUGUAAAAGUCACUGGUAGUUUAUUUCACUUUUACAUGGGGGGGGGGGGAAAUGUCUCAUUAAAAGUGAUAUGGUAAAUCUGCCAGUGGAACGAGUGCGUUUAUUCAAUAUUAGGAAAUUAUUGACUGAAAACCAGCUCCUGUAUCUUGAUUAAAAAAUUGAUUUAAAAAAUUAAAUUUGUAAAUUAGUCUUCUCUAAUUUCAAGUGUACGAAGAAAAAAUUGCACCAAAAUUUAGACCAAAAAAACUUUUGUGUUUUUGCAGUGUAAAAGUGGCUGUAAGGACUAUAGCCACUUUACUCACUAAAGGUAAUAUAUAGUAACUUUAUUAUGUUACUAUACGGCUGUGACUGCAUGAAACAGCAAUAAAAGCCCCACAAUAACAAAUACUGCUCUUGAGAAACAUUCCCAUUUGUAAUACGUUUCUUUAGGAUACCAGUCACUUAUAGAAGUGUAACUGCAUUUCAUAUUAUUCCCUUUUAUUAAUACCCCCGUUGAACAAACAGUGGAGAAAAUGGUAAAAAAAAAAAGAUUAACAAAGAUUAAAAAAUA